AUGAGUGCGGGCCGCCCUUUGUUCCAAUUGAGGAAGGAACUCAAUAGUUCGAUAGCCCAAUUGGAAAAUGAUGACUUAGUGGAUAGCAGCUCCUCAAUGGUCAAUGAGACCCAUACGAGCGAAUAUCUGACCUCGGCAAUCGAUACAUCCUUGGAACAUCACCAGAAUCAGGGAAAAUUCAAUAAUGUCAAGGUUUUAACUGAGAAUGAUAAAUACGUCGUGAAAAGAUUGACGCCAGAUUUAUCUUCACUCCCAUUGAAUGAGGAGUACUUGGAAGGAACUGUUGAUGUGUUUUUGGGCAAGGCUUUGGUCAAUGAUGCUGAUCACUUAUACAUAUGGGACUACCAAUCGACUCAAAGAAAUGUGAAUUUUUCUCGAGUUCCCUUACAUGAGGAGUCUGAGGUACUAAGUUCGCCACCAAAAUGUCUGUUCACACGCCCGUCAGCUGUCGAUGACUCUACUCAAAUGUUUUUGGAUAAUUCUGCUGGUUCUUCUGGUGGCAUUUGUAUUAUACACAGGAAAAAUGGACAAUUCAUUUACUAUGAGGACAUCGAUUCGAUAAAUAAUCUGCAUUUGCAGCUUUCCAAGAAUAAAGCGCACACUUUGCAAUUGAACUUGAAGGAUGAUGAAGUGGUAAAGCAGGCCAUAAACUGCGAACCAGCGGGGAUUGUUAUUACAACGUCUCAUGAAAGAUUACUCUUCAUCGCUAUCAGGGAUUCAACCGGGAGACCGCAUGUUAAAGUUAAACAACAAUUGAUAAAGUCUCAAAGAGGAUUUUUUUUUCAUUCGCUGAAUGCUUAUAAGGAGAUUGUAUCCCUAAAGAAUGGACCCAUUGUAGGUAGAGGGGAAAGAUUAUUAUACAUGAUGACAAGAGGAGGUGAUUUACAAACAUGGCAGUUAUCGGUUGGCUCACACUCUUUUAAGAGGGUAGAGAUCAACAUUUAUGAGCAGAUUCUGGAAUCACUGCAAGAUCUGUACCCUUUUGCUCAUGGUUCAUUACAAAUCUUAGGCUCCCAUCCUCUAUUUUCCGAUACAUCAUCUGCUCACCUAAUCUUGUCGAGCAUCCAAAACGAUAAAGAAACUUACUACAUCUUAUCAACGAUUCUGCUUGAUGAAAAGACGAACAGUUUUACAAUAUUUUCCACCUAUCGACUCAACACAUACGUUUCUCCCUGCGGUGAUAACAAACCAAAGCUUUACAUUCCAGAUUAUCUGGGAACGGAAGUGAGGCAUAUGACAACGGUAUUUGUGCUGUUUUCAGAUGCGGUAGUUUUGACUCAAGUAAGUUCCAAUUUGGAUUCUACUUACCCACUAAGGAGAAAGUGGGAAGACAUAGUAAGUUUCCGUGAUGAUGUGAAUGUCAUUGGCUCAGGCUACAGCUCAGACUCAGUAUACCUCAUCGACAAAAAAAUUGGCGUCAUGGAGGUAAGCCUGAUAGAGAGGGAGAAAUCUGAAGCAGAGGAGGACGUGGGUUUUGUCAAAUCACAUAUAGACCAAGCCAUUUACUUUUCAGAUCUUUCGCCCAGCCCGAUCGAAUUUAAUCUACCAAAGGAGCUUUCGUUAGAAAACGAUGAAGUCGAAGAUGACCUCAAGUCGGCAAGUGAUGAGAUUUUCUUCUCAUCGGGUAAAUAUAUCCCACCGAUGCUGAAUACAUUGGUUCAGCAUUUAAGUUUACGUGUCGAGCUCCACGCCAAACUCUUGAAGUUUGUUGAAGAGAACUUCAAUUAUAGGAUAUCACCACAAGCAAAGUUGGACCUCUUGGAGAGAUUUGAAAUUAUGAAUUGCUGUUUGAAGCUAUUUGGUUCGUUGGAAGGCUCUUCAGAGCUCACAGAGGUCUGGAACUCUGUACUAUCGAGCACAAAGGGCAAUUUGGACAUGGAAAUCCUAGUUCGCAAUCAUUUGGAUAAAUUUCCUCAAAUUUUCGCCAACUUUUUAGCUAAAUUGACAAACGAAUCUCUAUCAUCAAGAUCACUAGCGUUCAAAGGUGCAGCGAUAGACUUAUUAGAUAACUGUGUCUACGAAGCCACCUUGGAGCAAGGCGAAAAAUCGAUCAGAUACGGUGAACUAAAGCUAGACCCACUUGAAAUUAGCAGAGACUUGCCAUGGUUUGUUAGUUUGGAAGGUUUGAAAGCCAUUAAUGAUUUAUUUUUUGAUUUCAAAUUCUCCCUGGCGAGUCCCACAGAACAUGAUAAAGAAAGGAUCGUUGUUCUUACCAAAAUUUUGUAUUAUUGUUUCAGUCAAGCAAAAUUGUGGUUCAAAGAAGGAGAAAAUCGUGAGAAAUUGCAAUUGCAUCAAAAAAUAGAGGACAUGUAUCGAGAGAAUCAUGUUAAUUGGGUUCACGUAUUGUUCGAAUUUGGCUUGCAGGAAUUUUCUUUGCAAAUUGCUGACUUCUACCAUGACAUGGAAUCACUCGUCGAGACUCUAGAACAAUUGGAUGUCGAUGGAUCGCAGGAGACCUAUUCGCAGUACUUCAAUAAGUUUGGUUAUGAUUUCGCUAAGACUCUUUUCAAUUAUUACAUUGAACAAGGCAAACUACGGGACCUGUUUAAUCGCUUCCCCGAGCAACACGAAUUGCUAGUCAAGUUCUUGAACAGUUCGAAGCAAUAUGGUUAUGUUAGUUGGAUACAAGAAAUAUUGGAUGAACAAUACAGUAAGGCAUCGGAAACUUUGGUCCAAGUAGCCGCUGGUAAAGCCGGUAUCGACAAACCAAUUGACGAUCGCCAAUUUCAGCUAAGUAUUGCCAAGUUGACCGCACUAGCAGAGGAUAACAGUCUUGAUCACGAAUCCAUGAUCAACAGAAUACAAUCAGACUUGGAUAUCAUCGACGGCCAGAAUGAUUUAGCCCAGAGAAUCAACGAACAAGGCAUCAAGGUGGCACCCAGAUUCCUCGAAACGGAGUUAAACAAUGUCUUUAAUCAGGUGGCUCAAAAAUUGAAGAAUAGGCAAAGCAUAACGUUGGAUCUGAUUGUCGAGAUAUACACCAUGUUAAACAAUACAGAAUGUCUCUACUGUGCCCUAAAACUCCUUGCGUAUGAGUAUGGCAUUUUAGAUUCUGAAACCAAGAAGAUACUGAUAUCCAUGGUGUGGAGACGAUGCAUACUAGCGGAAGCUGACUGGGCUGCUGUCGCAGAUUUAACUCAAACAGCUUUCUACCAAGUCCUGUGUCAAUAUUUUGACGAAGAAUUAUACAGAUCUGGGUCCCCGCUACCGAGCUAUCAGCUAAUGUGUGACAAAAGUGUACUGAUCAAGGGAUAUCUGACGAGCAAAUAUCAACAAUAUACUGAUAACCUCGAUGAUAUAGAAGGCUGCUUCAAGAAUGAGCUUAAGGCUGUUGAAGGACUUGGAAAAAUCUUCGAAACCCGCGUCAAGUCCAUCAUAGGAUCGGCUAAUGAGAGCAGCGGGAACAGAUGCGCAGUAAAUUACGAAUCAAGCAUAGUCGAAUUUCAUUAA